CACCCUCUCUCGCUUUCACACUUAGCCUCUCCCUCUCUCACUCUCUCUCUUCCUUGCUUGCUGUAAUUAACUUGAUAUGAAAGAAUAGCAGAGAAAAGAUGACGAUGUUCGGCCCAGCACAACUGAUCUAUGUGUUCCUCCAUUAUUAUUUCAUCUGCUGACACCAGAAACUGUUUUACAGACAUUUAUUAUUAUUAUUACCAUUAUAGCUACAAUUCCCCGCCCUGGAUACUUUAUUCCGAAGAUUCUAAAGUGUCUUCACCACCAGCACCAUUGAUCUAUUGUUGGAUAUUUUAACAUGUUUCCGAUGACACCUCCAGCAGCCGGUUAUCAAGAUCCCCAAAUUGCGCCGUCAUCAGUACCAGCCACUCAACAGACACCAUCAACUCAAUUGGUGGAAUUCACUAGUCCACCACGACCAAAUGUCGGUCUUUUAGGAAGAACCAUACAGCUACGGGCGAAUUACUUUAAGAUAUCUAUUCCCAAAGGUUAUAUACAUCAUUAUGAUGUCUGUAUUACCCCUGAUAAAUGCCCUCGACGUGUCAACAGAGAAAUCAUCGAGACGAUGGUACAAGCUUACAGUAAAAAGAUUUUUAAUGAAGAAAAGCCAGUAUUUGAUGGCCGAAAGAAUCUUUACAGCAGGGCAUAUCUUCCUUUUAAUCGAGAACGAGUUGAGCUUGAGGUUACUUUACCAGGUGAGGGAAAAGACAGAAUAUUUAAAGUUGGAAUCAAAUGGGUAGCCCAAGUGAACUUGUUCGCAUUAGAAGAGGCUUUGACAGGCCGAACUCAACAAAUUCCAUUUGAUGCUAUACAAGCCCUUGAUGUUGUCAUGCGACACAGACCAAGCAUGACUUACACACCUGUUGGACGGUCGUUUUUCUCUCAACCCAAAGAUUAUGAACAUCCCUUAGGAGGAGGACGAGAAGUGUGGUUUGGUUUCCAUCAAAGUGUGCGGCCGUCCAACUGGAAAAUGAUGCUGAAUAUUGAUGUAUCUGCUACAGCAUUCUACAAAGCCCAACCAGUCAUAGAGUUUAUGUGUGAGGUUCUUGACCUGCGUGAGAUCGGGGAACAAAAACGACCGCUUACAGACUCACAGAGAGUGAAGUUCACCAAAGAAAUAAAGGGUUUAAAGGUUGAGAUAACGCAUUGUGGUCAGAUGCGUCGUAAAUAUAGAGUAUGCAAUGUGACGAGACGUCCUGCACAGACACAGUCGUUUCCUUUGCAAUUAGAGAAUGGUCAAACAGUUGAAUGCACCGUAUCAAGGUAUUUCUAUGAUAGAUACAAGAUGAAAUUGCAGUAUCCCCAUUUACCAUGUCUUCAAGUGGGUCAAGAACAAAAACAUACUUAUCUCCCCUUAGAAGUUUGUAACAUAGUUGGUGGACAGAGAUGUAUAAAGAAGCUCACUGAUAUGCAAACAUCCACAAUGAUUAAGGCCACAGCCCGAUCAGCCCCUGACAGAGAACGGGAGAUCAAUAGCUUGGUGUCUCGAGCUGAUUUCUGUGGCGAUCCUUAUCUUUAUCAAUUUGGUGUCAGUGUCAGUACAAAAAUGGUGGAGGUCGAAGGAAGAGUAAUCGAUGCUCCGAAAAUUCAAUAUGGGGGACGGACUAAGGCCCUUGCAGUACCAAAUCAAGGAGUGUGGGAUAUGCGAGGGAAACAAUUCUUUAUUGGAAUUGAAAUCAGAGUAUGGGCCAUCGCUUGUUUUGCUGCUCAAAGAUCUGUCCGAGAAGAAUCAUUAAGAAGUUUUACCCAGCAACUCCAGCGAAUAUCUAACGAUGCUGGUAUGCCGAUCAGCGGACAACCGUGUUUUUGUAAAUAUGCUAACGGUCCGGAUCAUGUUGAACCAAUGUUUCGUUAUCUGAAGAACACAUACCAAGGAUUGCAGUUGAUUGUGGUGAUACUUCCCGGCAAAACCCCCGUCUAUGCGGAAGUGAAACGAGUUGGAGACAUAUUAUUUGGCCUGGCAACCCAAUGUGUUCAAGCCAAAAACGUUACUCGCACUUCACCCCAAACAUUAUCCAACUUAUGUCUAAAAAUCAAUGUAAAAUUAGGUGGAAUCAACAGCAUUUUACUUCCAAGUAUUCGACCAGCGGUGUUUAGGGAGCCUGUGAUCUUUAUUGGUGCUGACGUCACUCAUCCACCUGCAGGAGAUGCAACAAAGCCUUCCAUUGCUGCAGUGGUUGGAAGUAUGGAUGGACAUCCAAGCCGAUAUUCAGCGUCAGUCAGAGUACAACAACAUCGACAGGAAAUCAUCAAAGAACUGUCUCACAUGGUCAAGGAUUUGCUGAUGGAGUUUUAUAAAUCUACUCUCUAUAAACCUGCGCGCAUCAUUUUCUACCGAGAUGGCGUGAGCGAGGGGCAAUUCCAGCAAGUGCUGAGUCAUGAAUUGAGAGCAGUGCGUGAAGCAUGCAUAAGUUUGGAGGUUAGUUACCAGCCUGGCAUUACAUUCAUAGUCGUGCAGAAGAGGCAUCACACACGGCUGUUUUGCUCAGAUAAACGUGAUCAAAUUGGUCGAAGUGGAAAUAUACCGGCAGGCACUACUGUUGAUUACGGAAUUUGUCACCCUACAGAAUUUGAUUUCUAUUUAUGUAGUCAUGCUGGUAUACAGGGUACUUCUCGUCCUUCUCACUACCAUGUCUUAUGGGAUGACAACCAUUUUAAUGCUGAUGAGUUGCAAACAUUAACCUACCAACUUUGCCACACCUACGUCCGGUGUACACGCAGUGUUUCCAUUCCAGCUCCUGCGUAUUAUGCGCACUUGGUCGCCUUUCGAGCACGCUAUCAUCUUGUUGAAAAGGAACAUGAUAGUGGCGAGGGGAGCCAUCAGUCUGGGAACCAUGAAGAAAGAACUCCAAUGAUGAUGGCAGGUGCCGUGACUGUGCAUCGAGAUACUAUCAAAGUGAUGUACUUUGCAUAACUCAAAAAAAAAAAUGAUAAAUAUCGCUCCUUGGACUAUUUUUUCCACCUCAACAUUUCAGAAAAAAGACAGCAAUGAAAUUACAACAACAACAACAA